AAACAAUCGAAACCAUUAAGGUCAUUAAAGAGACUGACGGUCCAAAAAGCCCGAAAUCUGUCCAUUUCUCAAUGGUCCGAAAUUUCUACAUUGCAGAUAUCAUCACAUUGAUGAAUGGAGUUUGUGGAGUACAGUCUGUGUUUGCUUCUAUGCGAUAUCUUGUGACGAAUGACGCCGCUGACCUUUACCGGGCAAUGUGUUUCAUGCCCUUUGGUCUCUUGUUCGACUUUUUUGACGGACGGGUGGCACGCUGGCGGAAUAACUCGUCCCUCUUGGGACAAGAGUUGGACAGUUUGGCAGAUUUGAUCUCAUUCGGUAUGGCACCAGCUGCCUUAGCCUAUGCAAUCGGUAUGCAAACCUUCUUGGACACAGCUGUAUUGACGUACUUUGUAUGCUGUGGUAUUGCUCGUCUUGCAAGAUACAAUGCUACAGUAGCUAUGGCACCAAAAGACGACACUGGAAAGAUCUCUUACUUUGAGGGCACACCGAUACCAACCUCGCUCACUAUCAUUGCACUCUUUGCGUACUUUUUGUCGAAUGAUAAGUACCUCGAAGCUUUACCUGGACAGCUCAUCACAUUUGGAGAAGACUGGGAGUUUCAUCCGCUUGUUCUUGUGUAUGCUUUGAGUGGUACUCUGAUGAUUAGUAAGACAUUGCGUAUCCCCAAGCCAUAAGAUGAUGAUCAUGGUGAAAUCCCACACACACACACAGACUCUCUCUCUCUCUAUCCUUCACUUCACUUUUAUUCCAUUCCAUUCAAUUCGCUCUCUCCUUAUCAACAGCCAUUAUUAAACCCACCCCGCCAAAAUCCGUACAACCACAACCACAACCACAAACACAAGCACAUGCAUAAACGCAACCUUUCUCUUCUUCAUUUAAUUACGAAAAUUGGUGCUAUUUUUGUUAGAAGAAGAAGAGUAAAAAAAAAAGAAAAGAAAAAACAAACAGACAAGACAAGACAAAAGAAAUACAUGAAGAAAGCCUGUUUUUAUAUAUAUUGUUUUUUGUUUUAUGUUUCUUUUUAGAAAGGGUUUUCUAUAUACAUAUUUUUUUUUGUUCUUUGGUGAGAUUUCUUUUCUUCUAUUUCUCACUCACUCUCUUUGUUUGCUAUCAUCAAUAAAGCCAUUAAAUUUC